UUUUGUAAAAGAAAAUGGUCAAUGUAAAUAAUUAGUCUCCAAGUCUUGCAAAUAAUAGGUAAGUUUGGAUUAAAAAAUAAAUAAAAAUAAUAAGUUGACGUGAAGUCAAUGUAAGACACGUGAAGAAUCAGUAGUUCCUUACAUACUACAUACUACAUAAUCUUUCCCUCCAACACAAAUAUUUAGGCUUGAAUCUCCUUUUUCUGUCUUCCAUCAAUGGCUUCCUCAUACUCAAUCCUCGUACUAUCAUCCUUAAUCAUCUUUUUCCAUUCGCCAUGCUUCGUAUCUGCAAUCCUGAGAAGCAACGAAACAGACAAGCUUGCAUUACUCGCCAUUAAAGCACAAAUAACCCACGACCCCAACGGAAUCUUCACAUCAUGGAAUGAUUCAUCUCAUUUCUGCGCGUGGCCCGGUGUUACAUGUGGCCGUCGUCACCAGAGAGUCACCGCCCUCAAUUUAUCAUCCCUCGGCUUAGUAGGUACACUGUCACCUUACGUCAGUAACCUCACAUUCCUCACAGGCCUCAACGUUGAACUCAACACUUUCCACGGCGUAAUUCCACCGGAAAUUGGAGCUCUUUUUCGUCUCCGUCAUCUGAAUUUAACCAACAACUCAUUCUCCGGCGAGAUUCCGGCGAAUCUCUCCGGCUGCUCCAGUCUUGUCCUUAUCAGGUUUGGUUGGAAUAGGUUAACCGGGAGUUUACCAUUUCAGCUAGGUAAACUUCAAAAGCUUGAGAGAAUCCAGCUUCAUUACAAUAAUUUCUCUGGGAAUAUUCCAGAAAGUUUCGGUAAUCUUUCUUCAGUGAGGUCUUUUUCGUUCGCUGCGAACAAUUUCCAGGGCAAAAUCCCUGAUUUUCUUGGCCGGUUGAAAACCCUGAAUUUUCUUGGUUUGGGUUUAAAUCAAUUUUCUGGUGUAAUCCCUCCAUCAAUUUUUAAUAUUUCAUCCCUCGUAACGUUUUCUCUACCUUUUAAUCAGUUCGAAGGAACUCUGCCAUCAGAUUUAGGUUUUACUCUCCCUAAUCUGCAAGUACUAAAUGCUGGUCAUAAUUUGCUGACAGGGCCACUCCCAUUUUCAUUGUCUAACGCUUCUAAUCUUGUUGAAUUUGAUAUUACUGGUAGUAAUUUUACCGGGAAAAUUUCGAUAGAUUUUGGGGGUUUGCCUAAUCUUUGGUGGUUGAUUCUUGCUUCUAAUCCUCUCGGAACAGGGCAAUUAUCCGAAGAUUUACGGUUUUUCGAUUCCCUCACAAAUUGCAAGAACUUGAAAGUUCUUGAUUUGAGCAAUUGUGGGCUUGGAGGCACAUUACCUGAUUCUGUAGCUAAUCUGUCGGCGAACCUUUUGUCGUUACGAUUAGGAGAUAACAAACUUUCGGGUAGUAUAAACGUAGGAAUUGAGAACAUGGUUAACUUGACUGAACUUCAGUUACAAAGGAAUAGAUUCACAGGCAGCAUUCCUGCAGUUCUUGGCAAUCUCUCAACGCUUCGGUUGUUGGAUUUGUCCGAAAACGAGUUUUUAGGACAAAUUCCACCAUCUCUGUCUAAGCUAAGACAACUCUAUUUGCUCCAUCUAAACAACAAUCACUUGAAUGGAAGUAUUCCUCCUAGUUUCGGAGAUUUUCAAUACUUACAAGAGCUAGACCUUUCUCGUAAUAAUCUCACCGGUACCAUACCGAAAAAUCUCAUGACUCUUUCGUCUCUAACUCUUUCCUUAAACCUCGCCGAAAAUCAAUUAUCUGGUUCACUUCCUUAUGAGGUCGGUCAACUGAUAAAUCUUGGGUACUUUGAUGUUUCCGAAAAUUUAUUGUCGGGUGAAAUCCCUUCUACCUUAGGCAGUUGUGUGACUUUGGAGCGCCUUAAUAUGGCUGCAAAUUCUUUCGAGGGUGCUAUACCUUCAUCCUUUACUUCUCUUAGAGGUCUCGAGUAUUUGAACCUUUCGCGCAACAAUUUAUCCGGACAAAUUCCGGGUUUUUUCCAGAGACUUUCUUUCAAGAAUUUGAACUUGUCUUUCAAUCAAUUCGAGGGUCCGAUACCAACUGAAGGAAUUUUCGGUAAUGCAUCUGCAUUCUCUGUUUUCGGUAAUGAUAAGCUUUGUGGAGGUAUACCUGAUUUGGGAUUAGCCGUUUGCCCAAAAAACAAGCGGAAAAAAGAAUCUCGUCGUGGUUUUGAUCUCAUUGUAAUAAUCCCUGUACUUUGUGGACUUGUUUUGAUCUUCUCUCUUCUCAUAAUAUGGCGCCUAAGGAAAAGAAAUUUGGCGCCUAUUACAUCAUCAUCAUCUCCAACAGAAAUAAUAAUAUUUUCGAAGGUGACUUAUGAUUCUCUGUACAAAGCAACAGAUGGAUUUUCGUCGGCAAAUUUGAUCGGUGCUGGUUCCUUUGGAUCCGUGUACAGAGGAAUAUUACUUGAACAGGGUCGAAAGAUUGUCGCAGUGAAGGUUUUUCAUGUCCACAAACGAGGAAACAACAAGAGCUUCUUGUCUGAAUGUAAGGCCUUGAGAAACAUCAGACAUAGGAAUCUUGUCAAAAUGUACACUGCAUGCUCAACGCUCGAUUAUUCAGGCAAUGAAUUUAAGGCGUUAGUUUACGAGUUCAUGCCCAACGGCAGUUUGGACAGCUGGCUUCAUAACGAGGGAAAUUCUCAGAUUGGUUUUUUAGGCCUUGUGGAAAGAGUAAGCAUAGCCAUAGAUGUAGCAUGUGCACUCGAUUACCUUCAUAAUCAAUGCCAUAACACAAUCGUUCAUUGCGAUUUAAAACCGAGCAAUGUUCUUCUAGACAAAGACAUGAUUGCCCACAUUGGAGAUUUCGGCUUGUCCAAAUUCUUGCCUGAUUUCGUCGCCAAAUCUCAAGCUCUGAGCAGUUCAGUUGGGAUAAGAGGAACCAUUGGCUAUGCUCCACCAGAGUAUGGUAUGGGAAGUAAUUAUUCAGCCGAGGGCGAUGUUUAUAGCUUUGGGAUUUUACUGCUGGAGAUGUUUAGCGGGAAGAGGCCUACAGACAGUGGAUUUGAGGACGGAUUAAACCUGCAUUGUUUUGUUAAGACAACGUUGCCUGAAAGAGUGGAAGAAAUAUUAGAUCCUGCGAUAAUUAAUGUGAUUAAUAAUAGUAAUAAUGAUAAUGAAAUAAUGGGUGAAGAGGGUGACGGGAUUAUAAGUAGUGCACUAUUGGAAAGUGGAAACGAUAAUAAGGUGGAUCAAGAAAGAGAGUGUUUGAUUUCGAUAAUGAGAAUAGGAGUGGCUUGUUCGGUUGAAUCGCCUAAAGAAAGGAUGGAUAUUUCUGACGUUGUGAAGGAGCUUCAGUUGAUCAAACAGAUUCUGCUCUCGUUUUCGGCCAAUCAGCAGGGCUCGACGAGCGGGAGCCUGAGAUUUGAAGGUUCAUCGAGCCGUUCGGCGACAAGUAACUGGCAAAAUGUUUUGUGAUCUAAUCGUCAUCGCUAAUGCUCAGCAACACCAAACUAACAAUACUAAUCACGAUCAAGUAUAUUGCUCCACAAGAUUCCAUUCCCGAGUCGAACAAUUUUCAAGAACCA